AUGGCGACCGUUUCUAACCCCGCCACCGCCUCCGGGCCCGUCGACAUGACCACGAUCGUGGACAUCCUGAAGCGCAUUGAGCUGUCUCAAGCCGAACUUCUGACCGCUCUGCAGUCAUCGACAUCGGCGUCGACAGGAUCUGCUCUCCUCCCACCACAUGUAGCUGCUGCUGCUGUCGCUGCACUUAUCCCCUCCUCUUUAGCAGUUCCGCCAGCUGAUACAGCAGGCGAACAGUCUGCUGCCGUGCCAACUGACGAGACAGAUGGCUCCUCGACGACCACCCUCGCAGCAGCGUCCAGCAGCCCAAAGUCGCCCUUUACGUCACGCAUCGUGCUCACCACCUAUCCUAAGCAGAUCGGCAUCAAUCCGUUCACGAUGAACUGGGGCGCGUUGGACCCCCAAGAACGCGGCCCAAUCGUGGUAUCUAGGUCGUCAUCGACCAUCCGUCGACGCAAUGCUAUUGGAGCACACGGCGGCUCAUACUCGAUAUACUAUGCACUUGCACUAGCCAGCCAAGAACUCAAGGCCGAUCAUAGACCCGACUUUACGAACACGGAGCCAGCCGCCGCCCUCGGGCCGUUUCCUCAAUGGGGCGACAAGAAGAAAAUUGUCGCCAUGGAUCCAUGGGGUCAUCUGGCCCCGUUUCUUUGGAAGAAAGAGAUCGACAGUCAAAACGUGGACAUACGGCCGACUAUCGCUAUCACCAAAGCGCACAUGAUUCUCCCCGAACUCGAGGAAAGCGUCCGCAAAGGCAGACUCGUCCCCGAUGGCAAGGUGUGCUUGAACGAGAAGGGAGAAUUGGCCGUGACGAAGUUUGCGGUAGAGCCGGUUUGGUACCUUCCAGGCGUGGCUGAGAGAUUUGGUAUCGACGAAGGUCUCCUCCGUCGAUCGCUUUUUGAACAUACCGGGGGCAGCUAUCCUGAGCUCAUCACGCGCGGCGACAUCAAGGUAUUCUUGCCUCCAAUCGGCGGUCUGACAGUCUACUGCUUCGGAGAUCCGGAAAAGAUGUCCGAUCCGGCCUCCAAAUUGGCACUGCGGUGCAAUGGAAGUGAUGUUUUUGGCUCAGACAUCUGCACGUGCAGACCUUAUCUCAUCUUCGGCAUUGAGGAGGCCGUCAAGGAGGCCCAGCGCGGCGGCAGCGGUGUGGUGAUUUACUUCCGGAAGGAAGGCCGCGCUCUCGGAGAGGUCACCAAAGUGAUGGUGUACAACGCCAGGAAGCGAGGCGAGGACCGCGCAUCGGACUACUUCAAGCGGACAGAGAAUGUUGCCGGCGUCAAGGACAUGCGGUUUCAGGCCCUGAUGCCUGACAUCCUCCACUGGCUGGGUAUUACCAAGAUUGACCGCAUGCUCAGCAUGAGCAACAUGAAACACGAUGCCAUCGUUAGUCAAGGUAUCCCUAUUAUUGAGCGUGUCGAGCUCCCCGAAGAAUGGAUUCCAGCCGACUCUAGGGUCGAGAUUGACGCAAAGAUCAAUGCCGGAUAUUUCACAACUGGACACAGAAUGACAGCCGAUGAGCUGCAGGCCGUGCAGGGUAGAACCUGGGAAGAGUAA